AGGAGGCGCGAGAGGAGGCGGGGCUUGCGGAGGGCGCGGAGGAGCCGCUUCCAUGGCGCUGAGUCUGGACCGCGAGGCCUACUACCGCCGCGUCAAGCGCCUCUACAGCAACUGGCAGGUGAGGGCAGAGGGAGAGAGCGAGGGGGGCGGGAGGCUGGGCCGACUGAGGGACCCCCUUCUUCUCCCCACCACCACAUAUCUCGGGUGGGGUGGGGGGGAUGAAAGGGGGACCGGACCCUCCCCUUGUGCCCCAUGGACGCCAAGGAAGCAGGAGGGAUGGAUUCCUAUCUUGCACGCGCUUUUAAGCUGAAUAAAUAAAUAAAUAAAUAAAGGCGCCGGUAUUCCACCUUUGCAAAAGUUCCAAGGUGCCCGGUAAAGAAAGGGGGCGGGGAGCGAGAAAAAGCUUAAAAAUACAUAUUUGCAUUUCCGUUGCCUUCCUUGCCCCGCUUCUUUGGCAUCUCAUGGUGUGUCCCCCUCCCUCCUUUCCCCUCUACGGUUUGUCAAAUGCCAUUUCUCUUUAAUAUUCUCUCACGAGUGGCUCCCCUCCCACCCCCGGUUUGGUCAGGGAUAGUGCUCAGAAACGUUGCUUUUGUCCAAAUGUGGCUGCUGUCUUUAACUGAGGGAGUGAUUUGCCUAGAGACACUAGUAGUGUCUAUCUUACUAAUAAUCCUCUCAAUGUUGCCAUAAAACCAUUUUUUUUUUAAAAAAAAGUCCACUUCCUUCUGCUCUGUUGUCACAUUUUUGCAUUUCUUUUGCAGUCUCCCCUCUCUGUCAUGUUAACAUAUCCAGUAAUUCCAAUUUGUUUGUACAUAAUGUAAGAUUUCUUGUUCUGCAUUGUAAAAGCAGCUUUCAUUGUAACGGAUAAUCCUGUAUAGCAGGAGGAGUGGAAACUUGUAGCCAUCCAAAUGUUGGUUCCUAGAUCAGCCUCAACUAGUAUGGCCAAUCAUCAAGGAUGAUGACAGUUGUUGUCCAACAGCAUCUGAAGGGUUGCCACUUCCCCAUCCCAAUGUAUGGCUUUAGUUGAAUGUGCAAUGAUCUUCCUCAGAUUUACGUGCUUGGCAAACCAAAUAAAAAAGUUAGAAAGGGGGCAGCUGUCCAAAGGGAGAAAAAACUGGCAAUCCCAUCUGUCAUUGCACCAAAUAUACAGUGACUAUGUGCAUUUUUGGCUUUAGGCGGCAUUUCCUGAUCAUAACUACCCCCCUGUGCAUGUGUGUAAUGUGAGGGCUUACUAUACACGUUUUGCUACUUUUCCAAUAUGCCAUUCUAUUGCUGCGUUGCCUGUUAACUCACCAUGUGAUUGUGUCCUUGUAUAUGACCGUGCAGAUUGCAGCUGUUGUUUUGCUCAUCGCCUUCUGCUAUCCUGAUUGUGAGUGUGGUUGGGCAGUGCAUGUUAAUGGGCCGCUAAUCAGCAUUAAGCGACUCCAUUGAAAAUACAUUAGUUGCAGGAGGUAGCAGUGUGCGUAUUUUCUAUCUAGCUCCAUGUGACUAGCAUGUAACUUGCAAAUCGUUUUUGUAACACUGGCAGAAGAUACCAAGCUAGUGUUGGAGAAUCUCUUGCAGCUGUUCUGGACAAAAAUGCAAGAGUGCCCAGGGUGGAGAUGCUGCAUUUUGACGCAGAAUUUGCAACGAUAACAGUGUUGAAUUUCUUCCUAUCCCCCAGUUCCUGUUAUUUUACCACUCUCACCAUCCUAAAAUGAAAAGUAGGAUUCGUUGCUUCCAGGACAUAGAAAUGCCAAACGGGUCCAUGUGGGUCAAUUUAUAGAGUCCCCGGAAGAGCACUUCUAGGCUGUUUUGGAGAAAUUGCCUGUGCAGCAGGUGAAACCCAAUCACAGCGAUUGGAAGCUUCACAGGAGAAACACCUUGCAAGCUAUCAUGUAGGACACAGGUAGCCAAAAUUUAUGAGCCAGAUUUCCUAGUAUCCUCACUAUUUGUAUGCUGUCUUUCCCAAAAAUUGUGCCCAAAGUUGCUUAGCAAGAAGAACAGCAGUACACAUCAAGAUCAAUCAUCACAAGAACAAUUUCAUAGUAACAGGAAUAAUAAAACAAUAGCAUAAUAUCAAAUGUAACAACAGUAUGGUGCCGGGGCUGUUCUAGAAAGGGGCAGCAAAAUAUAAGAUUGCCCUCCCAACCUGCCAUUGGGGCAACUCAGAAAAGUUGGUAGCAAUAAUCAAUACUGGGGCCAAGGCAGGGGUUAGUUAAUAAUCAUAGGAUACAUUUGGGGAGAAAGCAGGAACUUUUGGAGGAAAGGCAAUAAGCAGCAGAUCAAACAGUGGACGUGGCUUUCAGCUGUACAAAAUUCUUUAUAUGUAGCUCUUAUGUGUAGUUUGUUGGACUGGCCAAAUUUGGUAUGAUGCCAAAUUACAGAGAGUGAUGGAAUCUUUCCAGCUUAAGGGAGAAAGUCUUGACAGAGAGCACUAUUCCUGCUUGCCUGUUGACGUGGAAUUCUUUUAUGAGCUGGGAGUAGUUGGACAUUCCAGCUUUAGAUUGCAGAUUGUUCCCAGGGAUGUUGAUCCAAAAUACUAGUGGCAAGCUUCUCCAUUCACUUCCUGUCUUCACCUCCCUCCUGGAUGCUGUGUUGUAUCUUGGUAGUGGGAUUUCUCCUGCAUUUGAUAAUACUCUCUGUCUUUUUGAGACAGCGUGCCUAGCUGUUGAAAGCUUUCCUUUUGGUGCUGGGACAAGGAAAUUUGGUUCACGGUGCAUUUCUUUACCUUUCUCAGAAGAACAUUGAGGACCCAAACAGCAAAAUGGUGUUACCCCUUAUAACAACCCUCCUCAGCCUGGUUCCCUCCAGAUGUUUGGAGGUUAGGCUCCCAUUAUCCUUGACCAUUGAGCAUGAUGACUGAGGGUGAUUGGAGUUGCUGUCUUAAGCAUCUGGAGAGCAACAGGUUAGGGAAUAUUGUGUUAUAAUUCAAUAUGUAGUUAUCAUUGGUUCUCCCAUUUCUCAUGUGCAUGCUCUUGCUUAUGUGGCCAAAAAGAACUACCCACACACAAGUCUGAGGCUUGUGCUGGCUUGGGCAGCCCUAAUGGUUUUCAGAAGUACGAAAAGUGGGAGCAGGGGUAGGAGGAGGGGACAAGAAUGGCUGGAAUCCUGAAUGACAGCACUCAAUACUACAAUACUUUGUUGCAGGUCCCAUUCUCCGAGUUCAGGCUGUAGUCCUUCAGGAAGUGUUCUACAGUGGUGCCUCGCAAGACGAAAUUAAUUCGUUCCGCGAGUUUUGUCGCCUUGCGAUUUUUUUCGUCUUGCGAAGCACGGUGUCGGGAAAGUUUUGGAAAAGCUUCAAAAAUCACCAAAGUCUUUAAAAACCUCAAAAGGCUACCACACCGCGUUCUAUGAGUUGCUCCUCGAAGUCAAGUCGCAACUGUAUUAACGGUGUUAAGAAAAGGAACCAAACUUGCAAGACGUUUCCGUCUUGCGAAGCAAGCCCAUAGGGAAAAUCGUCUUGCGAAGCAGCUCAAAAAACAAAAAACCCUUUCGUCUAGUGAGUUUUUUGUCUUGCGAGGCAUUCGUCUUGCGAGGUACCACUGUACUGUGAUAAGGCAUAUGCUUUAUUUGGUGUAGCUUCUUUAAGAGAUUCACAUACGUAAUGAAAUGACAAAAGCAGAAUUACUGGUGACAUUUUCCUCAGAGUAGCUGUGGGGAUAGAAAAGGCUGUGCCGAAGAAGUAAUGGUGUUUGGUGACUGUUGGGGGAAGGAUCUAGGGAAAUAACAAGGUGCUAAAGCUGGAAACUGCUCCAUUGUCAGAAGACAAUGGUCAGCUGUUUCCCAUUUUUCUGUCCUGUUUCUUCUUAGGAAUUGUAAUCUACUACUGUUGUUGGGAGGAGAUCAGAUCCUUCUCAUGUGACAACAGCUGAGAGGCGAAAUUCACUUGGGCUGGGUUUAGUACAAAUUCGUAUGCACAGCACUAUAUGAGGCUUUGUUCUCUUGCAGAAAGGAGAAGACGAAUAUGCCACCAUUGAUGCUAUUGUGGUCUCAGUUGGAGUAGAUGAAGAGAUUGUCUAUGCCAAGUCCACUGCCUUGCAGGUGAGCGGGGGUGAGGCGUGCUCCUGCCUCAAAGUGACGUAACUAUUAGGCAGAAAAGAAAAGAGUAUCUUUGCUCCUCUUGGAAUCCCCUUUCCCUUGCAGACAUGGCUGUUUGGCUACGAACUCACCGACACGAUCAUGGUUUUCUGCGAGGACAAGAUCCUCUUCAUGGCCAGCAAGAAGAAAGUGGAGUUUCUCAAGCAGAUUGCAAACAGCAAGAGCAACGAAAGCACCAACGGGGUGCCGGCUAUCACAUUGCUUGUGCGGGAGAAGGUGAGUGGGCCUCUGUUUAGCCCUGUCCAGAGUUGCAGGUGAUAUGGAAGGAGAGAGCUUUGGGGCUGAAACGUGUAGAAACUGCUAACACUCCCCCCUGUUUCCUCUUUGUUCUCCCGACUCCAGAAUGAAAGCAACAAGGGGAACUUUGACAAGAUGAUAGAAGCCCUAAAGGGCAGCAAGAAUGGCAAACGCAUUGGGAUCUUUAGCAAGGACAAGUUCCCCGGGGACUUCAUGAACAGCUGGAAUGAUGCUCUCAGCAAGGAAGGCUUUGAGAAGGUGAGGAGCACCAGCUCCGGCGUGUGGGUUUAGGAAGGUGGGUUGAAUGCUGCUCUUGCUGAACCUCCUCUGACCUGGUGCAGGUGGACAUCAGUGCGGUGGUGGCCUACACGAUUGCCGUCAAAGAGGACGGGGAGCUCGCCCUGAUGCGCAAAGCAGCCGCCAUCACUUCAGAGGUCUUCACCAAGUUCUUGAAGGAGCGUGUCAUGGAGAUAGUAGAUGCUGAUGAGGUGAGGAAGGAGUCUGUCCGUGAGUUUGAAAUCUUAGCUUGGAUAUAAGGAUAAUGCUCUCUAGGCUGGCAUUACAUAGAGGCCCUGAGUAAAGUGGGGCAGGUGGGCUAUUUUACCUAGGCUGGGGAUGAGAAACCUGUUGGGAAUCCAGAGGUUGUGAACUCCUCAGUUCGCAUCAAUUCCACCCAGCAUGGUCAGGGUGAUGGGAGGUGUAGUCCAAUAACGACUGAAGGGCCACAGGGCCACCACCUCUGACUUUGGCCCAUCUUCUCUCUUGGAUCAGUGGGUUUUCACAAGCAGUUUGGCCUCUGGCUGCCAGGCCUAUUUGCUGCUUCCUCCUACUGCAUACUGGGCAUUUUGACACCAGCACAUUCUCCCUGUCUCUCCUGGUCCAUUUAAGAUGGGACUCAUUCCUAGGAUAGCCAUGCUGCCUUGGGAGAAGAGAGAGGGUUGAGGUAUACAGGCUGUGUAUGCAUGCUCUCUUUUUGUCUUAAUGGUCAGUGGAAAUACAUCUUUAAGAGUCAGAGAAGAGAAAUCCACUAGAGAAACCACAUUGCUGUAGUGCCCUAGGCGCAUGCCCCUCUUCAGCAAAAGAAUUGGGAAAUCUGGAGUGUUGGUCUUGUGAUGGCUUUGUAUGUGUGUCAACCCUCUGGGAUUAUAAUUCUCCUUUAGGCACUUGAGCCCCUACCCCCCCCCCCCAAAAAAAAUCCUCAAGUCUCUACUGACCUCUGAAUCCUCUCUGUCCUCCGGCAGAAAGUGCGGCACAGCAAGUUGGCAGAGUCUGUAGAGAAGGCCAUCGAGGAGAAAAAAUACCUGUCCGGAGCUGAUCCCUCCACUGUGGAAAUGUGCUACCCUCCCAUUAUCCAGAGUGGAGGAAAUUACAACCUCAAGUUUAGCGUUGUCAGGUAGGCAAAUCUCCAUGGGUGUAGUGCAAACUGUUUUCAGAUCGCCAAGGAAAAAUGUUUCCCGGUUUGUAAUCCAUGCACUUCCUGAAUGAGCGGGCACUCUUAGUUGGUUAGCAAUGGUUUGAUUUUAUUGUACUGGUUUCCAUUCAAAUGCAGCUUACUUAGGAUUGUAUCCUAAAACCUCUGGUCAUGCAGCCUCCUUUCCUUUGGCAUUUUUAUGAUAAUGUAUAUUAAGAAACAGGACAGUAGAGAAUGCUGAAACUUAAUAGAUUCCAGUUUGCCACUCUUCUAUAUCUCUUUCAGUACAUUUUUAUCCCAUCAUCCUCCAGGAAGCUCAGAGCAGCAUAUGUGGAUCUUUUUUCCUAAUUAAAUAAAGGAUGAGAUUUGUUGGAGGCAAAAGUUCUGCAUGGGAGUGCCAAUUGUUUGUGUUUGAAGCUGCCUGUGUGUGGCUUGCCAGUUGGCCUCUCCAUAUAGCUAUCUGCUCUUUGUCCCCAGUGAGAAGGGCUACAUGCAUUUUGGUACCGUCACUUGUGCCAUGGGCAUCCGCUACAAAUCCUACUGCUCCAACCUGGUACGCACGCUCAUGGUUGACCCGCCCCAGGACACCCAGGACAACUACACCUUCCUGCUGCAGUUGCAGGAGGAGAUGCUCAAAGAACUGCGGCAUGGUGAGUGGCAGAAAUGGGGUGCUUGGGCGUGAAGGGAUGCGGGUGGCACUGUGGUCUAAACCACUGAGCCUCUUGGGCUUGCCGAUAAGAAGGUCGGUGCUUCGAAUCCCCGAGAAGGAGUGAGCUCCUGUUGCUCUGUCCCAGCUUGUGCAUGUCAGUUUAAAAGCAUGUCAGUGCAAGUAGAUAAACCGGUACCGCUGCAGCGGGAAGGUAAAAGUAAACGGUGUUUCCAUGUGCUCUGGUUUCCAUCACUGUGUUCCAUUGUGCCAGAAGCGGUUUAGUCAUGCUGGCCACAUGAACCAAAAGCUGUCUGUGGACAAACGCUGGCUCCCUCGGCCUGAAAGCGAGAUGAGCGCCACAACCCCAUAGUUGCCUUUGACUAGACUUAACCAUCCAGGGGUCCUUUACCUUUUUACUGUUUGGGAGUGAUGGUUGGAGUAGGCUGGGGCAGGGCAGGGGGCAAAACCUGUUGAAGCAUUUAUUUUUCAAGUAGGACCCAGCUUGCUCUUUCCCUCCUUAACUUCCUCCUCCCUCUCUGCUUAUCCUAGGUGUAAAGCUGUGUGAGGUCUACGCUGCUGUCAUGGAUAUGGUGAAGAAGCAAAAGCCAGAGCUCUUGAGCAAAAUCACCAAGAACUUGGGGUAAAAAAAGGCUCUCCGUUGGAACAGAGGCAUCCUUCCUGCCAGUUUACAGGCUCAUGAGUGGUUUGGUUGGAGGGUUCAGUGUUUUCCCUGCUCUUCUUUCCCAGGUUUGCCAUGGGCAUCGAGUUCAGAGAGAGUUCGCUCGUGAUCAAUAGCAAAAACCAGUAUCGGCUCAAAAAAGGUGAGAACGUCCCUCCUCCCGACUUAAAAAGAAAGGAUUGUAGAGCAGGAACACAGCGGCAAGGAUGUCCUGCUUAAUUAGUUCAUUCGUAUAUAUACCACCCAAAGUUCAUUUACGUUUUGGAAGUGAGUAGCUCAGUUCUGCUCGUGAAAAGAUUUGCGGAGGCUCGCUCUCCUCUGAAGCUGUGUUCUGUCUGAUGCAGGAAUGGUUUUCAGCCUCAACGUAGGGUUCUCAGACCUCACCAACAAAGAAGGAAAGAAGCCGGAGGAGAAAACGUACGCAUUGUUCAUCGGGGACACGGUGCUGGUGGAAGAGGUACGAGGGGCACAAAGAAGGAUGGGGAGGUGGGAAGAAUGUGAGUCAUGGUGGAGAGACCACAGUGGACAAGAGGGAGCAAGACCUUCAGAAAGUGUGACGUCUCAUCCAGGGAGAAGACGCCUCCUACAUUCAGUUCUGUUUCUGCCUUUGAAAAGAAGGCUUUGUCUCUUCAGUGCUCUCAGUAAGCCUGCACUGUGAGAGCAUUAUCAGCAACCCCACCCAACCCCCUUUCUGUUCAUUCUUCUCCCAGACUUUGCUCUUUGCCAGUUCCCUGCACUCUUACUUAGCUGAGAAAGGAAGUUGCAUAGGGGUUGGGCACACCUUUCUCAGCUACAAACAAAGAGUCCAUGGAGUCCUACCAGACGUACAUAGCUUGGGACAUCCCGUUUCAUUUGCCCCCUGUUCAUUCCCAGAGUUCCAGCUGACUUGCUCUGUUUCUCCUUGCACUCUGCGCCCCAUCUGCAGGUGACCAAUAUUUAGAUUCUAAGCCCUCCCUCACCUAAACAUCCAGGAUGGGAGUACACCUCCCUCACCUAAACAUCCAGGAUGGCGGGGAGCUCUAUGCUCACAUCGUCUGUGAUGAUACUGUUGUUGUUCCUCCUCCAGGAUGGUCCAGCUACUCUCCUGACUUCUGUCAAGAAGAAGGUCAAGAAUGUCAGUAUUUUGCUCAAGGUAAGUCCAGGGGCAAGUCUUAGGCACUUGACGUGUGCUUUUCUCUGUGGUAUGGUCAGGAAAAAGCAUGAUACUUUUGAAAAACUUGUGAUGAGAGCAGGAGCAGAGUUGUUACCUAUUGGUAUUUUGAAGUCCUGAUAAGUUCUCUUAAGCUUCUAACCCUCAUUGUUGAGGACGUGGUUUUGUUUUGAGCAUGAAAAUAACAUGUAGGCAAUUUAGAACAAAAAGAGGCGUCCAGUGUUGUAAUUUCUUCUUGUUUUUAACUGCUAAAUAAAACAUUUUGAAGGAAAUUUAUGAACAAGGAUAUUGUGGAUUAAGUUUGGGAACGAAAGCCUAGCUUGAGGAAGGCAAAACAAGUGUAUGUGUUUAUGUGGGUAUAGUUUCUAAGUUCUGCUUUUUUAUUUUAGAAAGAGGAUGAAGAGGAGGAGGAGGAAGAAGACGAUACGGAGGGAAUACUGCUUGGCCGUGGUUCCAGGGCAGCUCUGCUGCCAGAAAGAACUCGGGUAUAGAAGGCUUGAGUGGACGGGUGGGGAGUGGGGUUAAGUAUUCAAGGGCUGAGAAAAGGUCUUCAGGGUGCCUUAAGGAGGGAAGCUGCCUGUGUUCAGCUUGAAGAGGGGGGUGUCUGGCAAAUGGUAUGUGGGCAAAUAAUAGACUUGCUGUCUUCCUUCCUCCGGUCCAGAAUGAACUGACAGCUGAGGAGAAGCGUCGGGCACACCAGAAGGAGCUGGCUGCCCAGCUAAACGAAGAAGCCCGGAGGAGGCUGACGGAACAAAAGGGGGAGCAGCAGAUCCAGAAGUGAGUAGAAGCGAUGCGGGCUUCUGUUGCUUGUAAAGUGGCUACCUUCUGGCAAGGUCAGGAGUAGCUGCCUAAAAGCCCCCGCUGCUUGGGUCAGGUUUCUUCACCUUUCUGGUCCCUUGCAGGGCUCGUAAGUCGAACGUCUCCUACAAAAACCCGUCUCUGAUGCCAAAGGAGCCUCACAUCCGGGAGAUGAAGAUCUACAUUGACAAGAAGUACGAGACGGUCAUCAUGCCUGUCUUUGGCAUCGCCACCCCUUUCCACAUUGCCACCAUCAAGGUACGGCAGCUGCAGCAACUGGGGGCCUCGAUGCCUGCUGCAUCUUGGGAUAAAUGCCGGUCGCCAGCUCAGCAGUUGAGUUGGGUGACGAAAUGGCUUUGAAAUGGGGAUUAGCAGCCAACAGAACCUUCCCCAAAGAAAAUGCACUGGCACUCUUCUCAAAGUUGUCGUCGCAACUCUGAUUUGUGUGUAGAAAAGGCGCUCGGGGCAGGGACAGGAGUGGGCUUUGCAUGACGGGGGUAUAUAUAUAUAUAUAUAUAUAUAUAUGUGAAAGGUGAUUCUCAAAUCAAUAAACAAUUAAACCCCCUCCCCUUCUUUACAGAACAUCAGUAUGUCAGUGGAGGGCGACUACACCUACCUGAGAAUCAACUUCUACUGCCCGGGAAGUGCUUUGGGUCGCAACGAAGGCAACAUCUUCCCCAACCCGGAAGCCACCUUUGUUAAAGAAAUGUGAGUCGCUCUUGCAUAGUCUGCACCAACUGCAGGGUCUGGUCAAGAAGCCUCAUUGCCCUGCGAGCCCCACACCUCUUUAUGAGUCACCUCUUGCAUUUUUGCGGGGCUUGUGAUUUGGUGUCUGUACGUCUUGCUCUGCAGAUUCAUCGCUGUGAGUCUUGGGAGCAUGCCCAGUGGCUUAUCCCAUUCAUGUAAUGGAGGUCAAUGACCUUCCUUUUCCUUUAGCUUUGCCUGAUGAGCAUGCUGCAUUUCAGCUGUCAGAGCGCCUGAUUUGCCUACACAAGGUCCUAGGCUCGAUCCUGGUAUAUCUAGGUAGGGUCUGAAACGGCUGCUUGUCAGUGGGCUAGGUGGGCCUGUGGUCUGAUUCUGUAUAAGGCUGCCUCCUAAGCCGCAUCUAAAAGGCCUCAGUAGAGUUUUGUAUUAUUCAGUCAUUCUUUCUGCCCUUCCAGUAGCAGGUUCUGGGUGAGUCUUCUCAAAGCUCCCCCUCUAUCCAAAAGGAACUGGGCCUGCGUGUUGUAGCCACACAACCCUGCUCUUCUUCCCCCUCCCAGAACAUAUCGGGCAUCCAAUAUAAAAACACCUGGGGAGCAGAUGGUGCCAGCUCUCAACCUCCAGAACGCCUUCCGCAUCAUCAAGGAGGUUCAGAAGCGCUACAAAACCCGUGAGGCUGAGGAGAAGGAGAAGGAGGUGAGGCACAGAGGAGCUUCCUUGCACACCUUUCCGAAGAAUUGCUGAGAAACUGCAGUGAUGGAAAGGACCCCUUGGGUUGGGGAGAUGGCUCUUGGGGAGGGCGAGGGUGGAGUUGGUGGAGCUCUGUGGGAAUUCCGCCCUGACAUGGCUGUUUGUUUUCUGUUUCCCCAGGGAAUUGUCAAGCAAGACUCUCUAGUGAUCAACCUAAACCGCAGCAAUCCCAAGCUGAAGGACCUUUACAUCCGCCCCAACAUCGCUCAGAAAAGGAUGCAGGGGUCUCUGGAGGCCCACGUAAAUGGUACAGAAGUCUGUGGGAUGCCUAGAACUGCCUUUGGGAGGCAGACAAGUGUUCAUACCCUUGAGGCCAGGAGGAGUUCAUUGAGAGGACCUCUUUUGUAAGGGAUUUUGGCCAAACUCUCACAAAUGAUCCCAUACCUAGGUUCAUUCCAGCUCUACCCAUCGGCUUCUUUCGCAUCCUCUUGUGCUGGGGGUGGGCAGGCGGUAAUUAGCACCCACCAUGCCAGCAACUCCGGCCCAACCAUCAGCUGGGAGCAGGCGGCUUCCUUCUCUGACACGCCUUCUUUGCAGGUUUCCGCUUCACCUCGGUGCGUGGGGACAAAGUGGACAUUCUGUACAACAACAUCAAGCAUGCCGUGUUUCAGCCCUGCGAUGGGGAGAUGAUCAUUGUGCUACACUUUCACCUCAAGGUACCUAUCCAGCUUAAAAGGGACGCGGGUGGUGCUGUGGUCUAAACCACAGAGCCUCUUGGGCUCACCGAUCAGAAGGUUGGCGGUUUGAAUCCCUGUGACGGGGUGAGCUCCCGUUGCUCUGUCCCAGCUCAUGCCAACCUAACAGUUCGAAAGCACGCCACUGCAAGUAGAUAAAUAGGCACUGCUGCAGCGGGAAGGUAAACAGUGUUUCUGUCUCGGUGUUCCGUUGCACCAGAAGUGGUUUAGUCAUGCUGGCCACAUGACCCAGAAAGCUGUCUGUGGACAAACGCCGGCUCCCUUGGCCUGAAAGCAAGAUGAGUGCCGCAACCCCAUAGUCGCCUUUGACUGGACCUAACCGUCCAGGGGUCCUUUACCUUUACCUGCUAUCCAGCUUAAGUUAGGAGGACUUAAGAGGCGUUAUUAUACCAGGCUGUUGUGGAUCAUCCCCCAUCAAUGUCUUACUCGAAGCAAAGGUGCAGGUCUCCUUCCUUGCUCCUAGAAUUUGGAUUCGCUGCAGAAUUGCUUUCCCCCAGAAAACCUGUGUCCUUGUAAAAAGAAGCUUAGAAAUAAGCUUGUAGUAGGUGUCGCUUGCUUUGAUGAAGUCAUAGCUAAUUAAAACUUCUGUUAUUUGGGAUGGGGGUGUAAGAAGGAAGAGAGAAGAGCGACUGCUUUUGACAUAGCUCAGUCGGUAGAGCACGAGACUCUCAGGGUCAUGGAUUCAAGCCCUGUGUUGGACAAAAAAAUCCUGCAUUGCAGGGGGUUGGACUUAGAUGACCCUUGUGGUCCCUUUCAACUCUGCAAUUCUUUAAUUUUCUGAUUUUUAAAAUUCUUCCUCCCAAGCCAGUAUAAGCAUAAUAAAGUGUGAAAAAUAACUGCCCCAGAAGUGCAAACUUAUCCCUUAUGCUGGCUUUAGCUUUUAAUUGAUGCAAAACCUAUGUGGCCCUUGCAACAGCAUUCCGCUUAUUCGCUGGUGGCGCGCACAAAUGUGCCAGCCCUGCUUAACUCCGUUCUCUCUCCCUGCACCCUAGAAUGCCAUCAUGUUUGGCAAGAAGCGCCACACCGAUGUGCAGUUUUAUACGGAGGUGGGCGAGAUCACCACCGACCUGGGCAAGCACCAGCACAUGCACGACCGCGACGACCUCUAUGCCGAGCAGGUGAGAGAGGGGGCUGCUUGUGGCCCUGUUCCGGGGAAGGGGGGAGCAGGGGCGGAAAUCAGAUCCCGGCAGAGCUAACUCUGGGCUGCGUGGCCGAUCCCGAUUGAUCCUGUUUGGCACAGAUGGAGCGUGAGAUGAGACACAAGCUGAAAACGGCAUUCAAGAAUUUCAUUGAGAAGGUGGAGUCUCUGACCAAGGAGGAACUGGAAUUUGAGGUGCCCUUCCGGGAGCUGGGGUAAGGACCCCUGUGACAGGGCAACUUCUGUUUUGCAGGACAAUAAAACACGUAUAGUUUGAGCCGAACUUCCAGGAUUCUUCUGAGUAGGAGAGGGGAUGGCUGGGGAUCAGGGGACGAAUUGCACGAGGAGAAAAUACACAGGGGGCAAGGAAUUGUGCCAUUAGAAUAUCCAGCUUACGUAAAUGGACUAUAGAGUGCAUACAUACACACAGUCUAUUUCCACCCUACCUUUUGCCUCAGGGAACCAGGAAAGCACUAUGGCUAGGAAUAGGAUCUAGUGGUGGCGAGGAGGAAAUGCACCACAUUUGUGAAUUUUCCUAACUUCUAAAUCAGGCAGCAGAAGCUGCUGGGGGCAUAUUUUGUCCCUGAGGAACUCCACGCCCUCAUAUUCUGACUUCGCAGACACUCAAGGCCUUACUUGAACGGGCGGCUUGGUUGCAAACGUUGAGAUAAUUGGCUGUUUCUCCUGCACUAGCUGCUUCACACUCUUCUUCUCUCUCUCCCCCAAUCCCCAAUUCGUCACGGCAGGUUCAACGGCGCCCCCUACAGAAGCACCUGCCUGCUCCAACCAACCAGCAGCGCCCUGGUGAAUUGCACUGAGUGGGUGAGUGUGAGCUUGUGUUUGACUGGGGAGAGCACAAGUUGAACACCUGGCGGAGGAAUAUCCUCAGCUUUCUCUCGACCACAGAGUCCUUUUAAACUGAAAACUCUUAAUUACCAGAAAUUGGCAUGAUUUUGACCCUCUUGCAUGAGACUGAAACGGAUCUAGGAAAUCAAAAUGGUUUCAGGCUCAGCUGUUUUUCAUUUUUGUUGUCCAGGCAUUUGGGUAGUACCUGUGACUGGGUGUUUGUAUUCUGACUUUUUAAAAACAGGCUUAGAUAUCUUUAUCAUUUUAACUUUGGUUGUAAGUCACUUUGGGGCUUUUCAUAGUCGGAAGCAAUAUAUAAAUGUAAUAAACUUAUGAAGAAACCAUGAGCCUUAAGAUUGGUCUUCGUUGGAGGGUAUGUUGGCCUACUAACGAAAGUCUGGCAAGGAGAUCCCUCUUUUACGCAGACAUUAUUUUGUGCUCUCAGUACAGUGGUACCUCUAGCUGCACACACCUCUGGAUACAUAUCCUUCAGGCUACGCAUGCGGCAAACCCGGAAGUAAUGGAAAGGUUUCCGCUGCGCGCGCAUGCGCAAAACAGGCGCCUCUGGAUGUGAAUGUUUCUGGGUAAGAACGGACCCCCGGAAUUAAAUUUGUAUCCAGAGGUACCACUGUAGUGAUAUUUGCUUACUGUUCUUCAUGGUCUGUUGAGAUCAGAACAGCACUGGAGGUUCAAGAACAGAAAUUUAAGGUGGUUGUGGAUUGAGCUGCCUCACCCCAGCCUAAACAUUAGGAAGAACUUCCUGACAGUAAGAGCUGUUUGACAGUGGAAUUUGCUGCCAAGGAGUGUGGUGGAGUCUCCUUCUUUGGAGGUCUUUAAGCAGAGGCUUGACAACCAUAUGUCAGGAGUGCUCUGAUGGUGUUUCCUGCUUGGCAGGGGGUUGGACUCGAUGGCCCUUGUGGUCUCUUCCAACUCUAUGAUUCUAUGAUUCAGCCCAUUUCUGUCCCUCUGAAUUAUUUGGAGAUUUUAGACAGCUAAUACUUCCUCUCUGUUCUGCCUCCAGCCUCCAUUUGUGGUGACACUGGAUGAGGUGGAGCUGAUACAUUUUGAGCGUGUGCAGUUCCACCUGAAGAACUUUGACAUGGUCAUCGUCUACAAAGACUACAGCAAAAAGGUCACAAUGAUCAACGCUAUUCCUGUGGCUUCACUCGACCCCAUCAAGGAGUGGCUCAAGUGAGUGGCCCGGGGGUAGGGUUAGGGGUUGGGAAUGUUCUUGGAUCACCCUGCUGGCAGCAUUCCUGUGUUAGGUUAUUGCUGGAAGGCCCCUCGGAAUUGCCUUCUGCUCCCUCCUGUCUCAUCACACCCCCAAAAAGUGCUCGAAAGAGACAGUGCUAGCAGCUGCAGAUUAGAAUAUGUCCAUUUUUUACCUCUGCAAAAGUAGUUGGGUCAGGAGUCCUCUCUGAAGACUGCAUUGCCUCUUCAAGCAAUGCAGAAUGGAACUGCAGCUAUCCUCUCCCCCUCCCUCCCCACUUGCCAUAAGUGAAAAGCUAUGGGAGAAUAUUUACUCCACCCUCAUAUGAACUAGUUUUGGAAGCAGGUUAGUAGCUACAGGAGUGAGUUAGUGCUAUUUUGAAAGGUGGAUGUGAGCCCACCUUUCUGUUGACUCUGUGCAUUCAUCUCUUCCCUCCCUCUCCACCCACAUCAGCUCUUGUGACAUUAAGUACACAGAAGGAGUACAAUCCCUUAACUGGACCAAAAUCAUGAAAACUAUUGUGGACGACCCAGAAGGCUUCUUUGAGCAAGGGGGCUGGUCAUUCCUCGAGCCCGAAGGAGAGGUAUGUUGGGGCAGCCAGAAAACAGGGAACAAGACCUCACCUUUAGCUGUUAGGUUGUUACCUUUUCUCGAAAGGUUGAGUGGGUUUGUACGGGAGUUGGGGAUUUUUGGGAAUCCUGCUCAGAAGCUGGUGCAACAGGAAACGGGUGUCGGGAUAAAGAAUCCUGCAUUAGCCCAACUUUUGCAUCCCCACAAAAAACAAAAGCAACCCUAAUGCAGGGGAAGGACCAUAGCUCCAUGGUAGAACAUCUGCUGUUCAGGUAGAAGGUCCCUGUUUUGAUCCCUGGAAUCUCCAGGUAGGGCUGAAACACCUCUGAUACCUGGGAGACCCACAGCCGGUCAGGGUGGACAGUGCUAAGUUGGAUGGACCAACAAACUUGACUUCAUAUUCCUAUCCAGAACUUUCUGUUAGCGGAAUGGAACUCAUGGGAUUCCAGCAACAUUGUUAAGACUCUUCUUCCUUCUCCCGCAGGGAAGUGAUGCUGAGGCCGGGGAGUCGGAAUCUGAGAUCGAGGAUGAGACCUUCAACCCUUCUGAGGAAGAGUAUGAAGAUGAGGAGGAGGACAGCGAUGAGGACUAUUCUUCUGAGGCAGAGGACUCUGGUGAGGGGAAACAGCCAGCCACAGGCCCAAUGAGAGCUGCCCUCGCUUCCCCUUGGGUCUUGGUUUUUCAGCACACCCAGUACACACACACACAAGCACCCUGUACUCAGGAUGUUCCUGGGCUGCUUUCCUCCAGCACUUCGACUCCCUACCUGUGUGUGGAUGCACAUUUCACUGUUCCUCUUGCUCUUUAAACACGUUCUGCUCAAGCACCCAUAUCCAGUAACCUUUUCUGCACAGCCAGUUUUCCUGAGCCACAUUGUGUGGGCCAUCCUUCCUUUCCAAGGGAAGUCAUUCAUCUUUGCUUUCUUUAUUUUUAUAAAAGCAGUAGCAUCACCAUUUCCUUUUAAAACCUUGGGCUCUGUGCCCUGCCUUGCCUGCCUCCCUUUCCCUGCAUUGUUCAUGGUGUUGUAGCAUAACAAAAGCUUCACGUUAUUGCUCAGAAAGUUGACGCAGGGCGUGAAAACAUUUUGAUCAGUGAUGUGCUGAAACAGGGGCACCGACUGCAGAUCCAGCUUAAGAAAUCUCAUGGGAGAGCUAUUUAGUGCUUCCCUUGUGAAAUGUCUUGAAAUAGUAGCUCUGUUCUUUGACUCUUAUGCAACACGCGCCAACACAAAGUCUUUGGAAACUCAUAGAACCGGAGGUGUUUUAAGGCUGCAAACCUAACCGCAGGUACACAGAGCCAAUCCUAUUGAUCCCAGUGAGUCUUACAUCUGAGUAAACAGGCAUCCUACUAUACUGUAAAUUAGUCGAACACUCAUGCCUGACCUGGUACCCAAAGUCCCCGUUGAUCUUUAAGUGGGCGCUAAGUGACGCUAACUUGGUCUGCUUGCAUCCUAUUAUCACUGGAGAACCUGAAAUCAAAGACAGAGCCUGGCAAAACCUGGGGGACUGCAGGUUGCUCCUUUAUCAGGGUCUCCAUCGUCACCCCACUUCCUCCUUGGUUGCAUGGCAACUAAUUCUGAGCCUCUCCCACUUUCAGCAGAUUACUCCAAGGAGUCCAUGGGCAGCGAGGAGGAGAGCGGGAAAGAUUGGGACGAGCUGGAGGAAGAAGCACGGAAAGGUGAGAGAACCGUUGCCCAGCCCAACUUGGUGCAGAGGCGGGCAGCUUCUGGGCUCACUGCUUUGAGCGUUUGUAAGGCCGUUUGCAGCAGCAACAAUGGGUCCCAGGGUAGGACCUGGAGGCGCAUGAGGGCUGCUUCCUUGGUUCUGGCCAAUGUCUGAAUGGCUGCCUGCUUGAGAGGAGUAUGUAUGCCACCUUUGGUUCCACAAAGGAAGAAAAAAAGGCAGGAUAUGUCCCCAGUUUGUGGGGAAUCUGCCACAAGGGAGGCUGCUGUUGCACCCAGGACCUGAAUGCAGGCUUCUCGCCAGCACCUGCUUGACCACUGCGACAGCAGGACGCUGAUAUGGAAUGGGCCUUUGACCUGAUACGGCAAGGCUCUUCUUAAGUUCUAAAAAAUACUUUGGGGAGCUGUAUCAGGGAUUGGAAGCCAGUGCUUCUCUAGAUGUGUUGAACUCCCACAGCCACGAUGGCCAAUGUUCAGGGCUGAUGAGAGUUGUAGUAGGACUGUAAGGGUGUAGUCCUCUAAAGGUCCAACUGCGCUGGCUGCCAGUUAGUUUCUGGGCCCAAUUCACAAUGCUUGUUUUGACCUAUAAACACCUCAGAAAUGCUUCUCUCCAUAUGAACCAACCCUGACCCCGAGAUCAUCCCCUGAAGCCCUUCUUCAUGCGCCUCCGUCAUGAAAGGUCCAGAGGAUGGCAACACAAGAACAGGCCUUUUCUGCAACAGCUCCCCAUUUGUGGAAUGUUCUCCCUGGACAGAUUCGCCUGCCACCUUCGCUAUAUACCUUUAGGUGCCUGGUGAAAACGUUCCUCUUUAACCAUACCUUUGGCUGAUUGACAUCCGAUGCCCUUUUAAAUGUGUUGUGUGGGUUAUUGGCUUGUUGCUUUUACUGUGCAUUUUGUGAUUCAUUAAUAUGUUGUGAUCUGCAGAUGAAGGGCAGCAUACAGAUUCAAUAAAUUAGUAAAGGUGCUUAGCCUCGCACAGCAAGUAUCUCAUAAUAUAUGUGCCCAGCUGUGAGAAAUAGCCAUGAGUUGACUACAGGAAUGUAGGUAUCUUCUUUUCCCACCACCACCAAGUCCUGUCCUUUGUGUCUCUCUGCAGCUGACCGCGAGAGCCGAUAUGAGGAGGAAGAGGAGCGAAGCCGCACCAUCAGCCGGAAGAGGAAGGUCCCGUCAUCGUCGUCCCAGAGUUCGAGGCACCACCGCAGCUCCCACAGUCGCAGCCCCGGCCGAAGCUCGGGCCCCUCCAAGAAGAAGAGGAAGUAAACCGCGAGCCCUUCCCACCCGCCAAUCUUUAGGGGGUUUGGGCUUUCAAGGCCUCAUCCAGCAGCCAACGUUUAGGGCACGAGGGGCGGCCAGCCAGCCCCUCCCCACAAACUUCUCCCCUCUUUCCCUCACGCACCCUCACCCCUUUUUUCUGUUUCUCUGGGGAGUAUUUUGCUUUUGUUCCUUGAGUCUCUCUUUUUUCUCUCUGACCAUUUGUACGGACCAAUCAGCUGCGAGAGAAUGCCAGGCCCUGCGGUUACGUCAACCACAAACGCAAACUCUGCUAAGGAGGAAAGGGGGGGGGGGAGGCUCAGGAAUCUGGUGUCCGUGAUCUGCUGUUCCCACCUACCCUUUUCUGUCACCUAACCUUGGCCUCUCCAUUCCCGCUUACAUCUCUUCCCCGACUCUCGGUGUCUUUGUUCUCGGACGGAUUGGGGGCAGGGAGGCGCAGGUUGCCCUGAGAUCUACUCCAGAACCAGAGCAUGUACUUCAGCAAAAUGAACUGUGCAACUUUUUGUGGUAUUUUGUGCUGGGGCAAGGGUGGUUGCGUUCCAUGUUUUUGAAGCAGACCCCCCCGGGUGGUAGAGGAAUCCCACCUUGGAACAGUGACACAGAAGAGGGCAAGAGUUUUUGAACAGGUGGGAGACCAGGGGAACGCAACUGAAUGACAAGGGUUCUUGCUUUCUCUUCUCUUUUUUAAAAAAGACAAACACGUCAGGCACUGUCUGUAUUUAUCUGUUUCCUUGGCUGCAGAGUCUGGUCUCCAGUGAGCAAGUGUUUUAGGGACAAGGGGUAGGGGGUUGAAUGCUUUGUCUGCCCUCUGCCUCCCUUCUCUCCUGUGGGGAAGGGAGGGAGUCAAUGAUCCACCCAUGGGAGGGCAGGGAAAGGCUUUUUCAAAAUUCCUUUCUCCCCAACCCCCUCCAUCCCGUAGCAGUUAGCACUCUCGGUAUUUUUGACUUUGGAAAAAAACUGAUCAAUAAAAAUGUUUUUUUAAGUAUUUGGAAAGUUUA